AAAAAAAAAAAAAAAGUAAAAUAAAGGAGUAUGUCUAGUUGUAAAUAGAACAAAUAAAAAAUAUGGGAUGAACAUGAUGAUUUGAUUUAGUACAGGUACUUCUGAUGUAAACUGAAGACAACGCUUUAGCACAUACUGGGGAUUUUUUAAAAAGUCUGAUUCAUUCCUUUCUUUUUCUUUCUUGUAAAAUAAACACAACCUAUAUACCCUCAACUUGGUUUUUUUUGUGCGUGUAUAUACAUACUCCUUUUUUUUUUUCUGAGAAAACGAUAUAAAGAAAACAGUAUGCAGUAUUCUUUCUCUUUCUCUUCCUCUGUUUAAUGCAGAAAUCAACUUCUGAGCCUAAUUGUGCCAAUAAACCGUUGAUUUCAAAUCUAGUGUCUACAAAAAGACGUCAAUCGACAGGCGUGUUAUCAAAAAAGCCAUCAUGUAUUUAUCAAAAACAAACGGUUUGGAGAUCGCCUGGAGGUGCUUGUGAAAUUCCAGAUAUUCUAGGCCAUGCUUAUCUAAAGCCUGAUCUACCUGUGACAUUUCAUCUUAGACCACUUGAAUUAGCGAAACAAAUAACUAAGAAACCAUGGUAUCCUCCUAAUCCUUAUUACACAAUUCCCCCUUUGCCACCCUUGACUCGGUCCAAUAACAAACUAGAAAACAAGAUCAGAACAAUGGUUCCUAAACUACCGCUGUCAUGUUCUGAUCCUCAUGAACGAUAUAACCAGUUUGAAGACAUCGGAACAGGUGUCAAUGGUGCAGUUGUCAAGGCUAACUAUAUUAUAAAGCAAGGCCAAUGUGCUAUCAAACGUUGCAAAUUAGAGCCAGACAUAGUCUAUCGUGCAGCUAUCUUGAGGGAGUUACGUAUCAUGUCUUAUGGGCAUCCUAACCUAAUUAAAGUAAGAGAAAUCUCACUUUGGCAAGACACUGUUUGGAUCAGUAUGGAUUUGAUGCGGUGUUCUGUCUUUGCUGUCUUGUGUCAACGUGAUAUUCCUGAAGCCCAUACAGUCUAUAUUACUCGUGAAAUCACAAGGGGAUUAACUUAUCUCCAUGCCAAAGGCUAUUUACACCGAGAUAUCAAGUGCGAAAAUGUCUUGUUGGGUUGGGAAGGACAAGUCAAAUUGGCUGAUUUCGGAUUGUCUGCUAAAAUCAAAUGUCAACCUAAUGAGCGAUUGGGUACCAAUAAAUGGAUGGCACCCGAAGUGAUACGGCAACAGAAUUACACAGAGAAAAUAGACAUGUGGUCUUUAGGCAUAACCAUAAUUGAAAUGAUGGAUCGUGUGCCUCCUCAUUAUGCCAUUCAAGAUGAAUCACAAUUAUUUGAUGUGAUUGUGUCUGAACCAAGUCCUACAUUUAGUUAUAGUUAUCCUAGCAUGUAUAUGCAAGGACUUGUGGCUUGGUUGCUCGAGCAAGACGAUACCCAUCGACCUAGAGCCAAUGAUGUAUUGCACGAAAUUGACUUACAUGUCCAAAGACUCCUAUUGCCUUGUUCCUCUCGUUUUGAAUUGGCUCAUUUCUUAAAUCAAGCACGCUUAUGAUAAAAUAAAUUAGCCAUAUGAUUGGUGCAUUUUGAUCGGCAUAUCAAUCCACAGUGUUUUUGACUUGACAAC